ACGAUCCGCACAGAGCGUAUCGCCUAGUCAAACCUAAGUAGCAGAUCACCCAUGAUUGAGACCUCGACGUAUACACAUGAAAUUAGCCUCUAUGAUGGUCCAAAGCUUGUAAGCAUGGUGAAAUCCCCCGUCUUUAAUGAAAUCGAAGAUCCUGACCCUCACCUUGUGUUAUCCAGGGAGGCUGAGUACGAGAAGGAGGUAGCAAAUUACUUAGAUGUAGUUCUUGAGGAGGCUAUGCUUGAGAUGACUGAGCACGUGGUUUUGGAGGUGACUGAGCACGGCGAGGCUGAGCAAGAUAUCUGUAAGACAUAUGGAUUUGAUCCUCAAAGUUCUCCAAUGCUGCCAAGGUAUGUGCUGCAAUGAACUGAUCGUUUUGUUGCCUAAGGUUUGGUGGGAAUGAAGCUAAUGGUCCUUUUUGUUAGUGCUCGUUUUGUUGCAUCACUGACUCUGAUGAUCCUCCUUCGUCAAUUUUUGGUAGACCAUAGUAGAAGCUUCUUUUUGGUGUUGGGAAGGUUCUGUAAUGGUCUCUUUGGAUAUUGAUAAUGGGAUGUCCUCGUUUUAAUAUAGCUGUUAACAUUUU